AUGUUUUCUUCACGUCAUAUUUUAUCAAACGUUCGUCCAAUAAUAAAGAAUCUAGACCUGACCAGAGGGUUUUCCGACAGGAAAACAAAAUAUUUUGACUUGAAUGACCUUAUCAAAACUGUAAAUGUUACCUACAAGACUGGAGUAAACCUGGAGGAAACCACAACUGUCGAGUCAAAAUAUGUAGAUGUCACACCUUCAUCAAACACAAAAGGAACCGUAGUGACACUAUCAGGAUCACCUGGUACACAUAACGAUUUUAAGUACAUGAAAUCGUUUUUUGAGCAGAAGAAAAUUCGCUUAAUUUGCACCAACUAUCCCGGGUCGGAAUUUGUAACGGGUGGCUUGCACAAUAGUUAUACAAAUCAAGAUCGAAAUUCGUACAUGAAAAGUUUAAUGGAAACACUGGAGUUGAAAAAUGUAAACCGACUUAUUAUAAUGGGACACUCGAGAGGCGGAGAAAAUGCACUGCAACUUACAAGUAUGUUAUCGAAUGAUGAGAACUGGCCACUGGUUGGGGCAGUGAUGAUCAACUCGCCAGGGUUCGCUCCGCAUAAAGGAAUCAGUAAAAGAAUGGGCACUAUAAACUUCAUUAUAUCUUUGAUCAAACGUCACAACAAAACCAUCAACUCAAUCCUUCAUCCAAUUUUGCAUUAUUUCUACAACAAUCUCAUCGGUUUGCGUGUUUCUCAUGGAAAAGUAGCAGCCGCUGCAAUUCUGCCUAUGCAAACUUUUGCCUUUGACGAGCAAAAACUUUCAAUUGACGAUCUACGUGCAAAACCUGGAAUUCGCGCGUUCUAUGGUUACGGAUCUAAGGAUUUUUUAAUUGAUGAGCAUCAAUCGGAAGAAGUUGCGAUGUACUUUUCUGAAGAAGAUCAUUAUGUAAUUUCCAACAAACAAGACGCGGAAAAAGCUAUUAAAGAAGCCAGGAAAAGCUUUACAACUGGAAAACAAUUUGUCACAGCAAACUUCAAAGAAGAAGGUCACUUUCUGCAGAAGACAUAUCCCGAGUUUAUUGUAGAAGUUGUGGAUUCUAUUUUUGAUGCUGACAAAGAAGUCGAUACCAAAAUUUAGAUGCAUGUGUAAAUUUAGAUCAUAUAGUUUGAUGGAUAGAAUUAUGAAUUUCGAUUGUUACUCUCUGUGUGCCUUGCCAGCAAGUUGAUAAACUGGUACUUUAGAA